CCGAAGAAGAAAAUAUAAACGCAACCACUGUCAUCUACCAAGCGUUGUAUGAAGAACCAUGGAUUCCAAAGGAAGAAAUGAGGGGGUUGGUUUACCGAGCAAUUUCAUCAGCGAUGGAUCCAUGCGCUCAAAGUUCAAGUUCUACUCGAAAUCAAAAACUUUCGCAAAUACCUCUACAAAGAAAUUCAUCAGCGCUUGCACGAAGAUUAACUCUAGGCCUAAGGGAUGUGACAGCUUCCAGUCUCGAAUGGAGCGAUCCACUCGCCAACCAGAUAAUUGAUGAUAAUUCCGAUCUAGUGAAUAAUCUCCCCUCUCUUAUUAAAAAAAAAUUCAUGAGACCCGCACGGCAAAUGGUACCCCCAAAUUUAUCAAUAAUUCUAGAGAUGUGUAGAGAAUUUUUGGUAGGCUUUUAUCAACACCAGGCAGAGGAUAUACCAAGAUUAUUGAAACAUGAUUUAAGUUGGAAAGAAUCGGUGGAGAUUCUCAAAGAAGUUACGAAAGAAAUUCUCAGCACCAUAAAAGAUAUCUGGGACAAUCCUGCUUUUGGACCCGAUUUUGUUGAUUCAUUGAACGAAGGUACUUACGUGUCAAAUGUGGUGGUACCAUUGAUUCGUGCGGCAUUGAAAAAUCUCCCUUUUGGAGGAGAGUCCUCGUUUAUUAGCACAUACGAACGUCAAAGUAUUGCUAGUAAGGAUAGAAGGAAAGAACUGGAUGAUAAAGUAAAAUUAUGGCGGGAGAUGAACGAUGGAUUAUAUUGGACUCGUAAAGGGUGUAAACCGGAGAAAGAGCAGUUCGGAAUUGUUGGAAUUCAGGUUGCAG